AUGUAUGUGCUCACGUUGGUGAAGGUGGACCAGGCGAUCCACGACCUCCUCGACGACCUCGAGACCAAUCCCGUCGUGGUUUCGGAGGAAGGGAUGCUUAUGAUCAAGCUUGCCGAGACGCUGGCAGCGCUGGUCAACGGCACGAUCACGCCGGCGGUCGUCGGCAUGCUCCCUUCUCGCAACCUGCCAACCUCGGUCGACGAGUGCCGUACGUCAGACUGCGUCAUAGAGUACAUGGGCGAAGAGUCUUGGAGCGAGUUCAGCUUCGGGGUCUACUGCACCGACAGCCCCGACUCCAGAAACAUCACCGAGGCCGAGAUGGUCGAUCGGGUCGAGGGCCUCAAGAGGCAGAGCCUGCUGUUUGGCGUAACGUUUGCCUUGUCGUCCAGGCUGGUUUGUGCCGGCUACCCGAUCCGGCCGAAAUGGCGCUUCGACGGCCCGUUCGGGGACAAGACGAAGACGCCGGUGCUCUUCAUCGGGAACUCGCUGGACCCCGUCGCGCCUCUCGAAGGCACGAAGCUGAACGUCCCCAAGUUCGAGGGUGCCAGACUGCUGCAGUAGGACUCUGUCGGCCAUUGCUCCAUAAGCACGCCUAGCCAGUGUACCGUCGGCCUUAUCCGGCAAUAUCUCGUGUCUGGAGAGCUGCCGGAAGCCGGUACAGUUUGCCCAGUUGAUAUUUUGCCAUUUUAUUUCGAGGAACGAAACCUGUAGAGAAUUCG